AUGAGCGCCCCCGAGCCCGGCAGCACCCUGCCAGAAGGCAACAUCCCUUCUUUCUACCUGCAAAGUCUUCUUCCACCUCAUGCUACAGCAUCCCCAGCCUCGAAAAGUGAUCUCAAACCUCCUUAUUCCUAUAUUGGCCUUAUUUCUAUGGCCAUUCUGAGCAAUCCGGAGAGGAAAAUGCUUUUAUCCCAGAUUUACAAUUGGAUCGCCAUGGAAUACCCGUAUUUUAGGUGA